GAAUGGGAAUCGACUCCGACCUUUGUGGAAUCGAACAGCUCUCCGGUCUGAAGGCUGGUUUGUGCGGGAAAUGGGCGAUAAGGCUGUUGUUUUUGCUUUCGCCGCAUUGUUCUGCUGGAACUUCCUCGGAACCACACAAACUCGCUCAGAAGAAUUUCCUGUGUUCAGGGCGUUCAGGGUCAGCAGAUAUCAGCAGCCGAGCCAGCCGCGGUGCUGAUGAAGGGUAAGGCGUAAUGGCGAGGCAGCCCCGGGGGGGUUAAACGGGAGGUAACAGAACGAGAUGAGCGGGUCCAGUCACGUCUAGAAUGUCAACACAUGAUCUGAACGUGAAGUUGACUCGUCCGAGCGUAGUGAACAGCAGCGUGGGGAGGACUUCUCUGGAGGAGCGGUCAGCCGAGAAACAGAAAGUGGGGAGUGGAAACAGUCAUUGCCUGAGUGGAACAUCAACUGUAAACCUCCAAACCACUAAAAACCUGUACAUCAGACGGAGAAUACUUCUGAGAAGUAAGAGCGACUGGAGCAGCACGUCAGAGGAUCAGAGAGACACUACUGACCAGCGACAGUUCACCUCCUUCUUGUCACUGAGGUUUCCCACUAAAAGAAGUGAAAAGAACGAAACAGACACCAACACCGAAGCACAGCUGUGCAGUUAUGACCUAGAAUCUGAUGCUGUAAGGAGGCCAGCUGAUGUCCAACAUCCAGAGUUAUGUGAAAAGGCUUUGCCACCCAACAGUUUCAGAGAAGCAACUGAUAAAGCAGCUAAAGAUGCCAAUAUAUCAGAGCUACCCUUUGAAAAAGAGGGUACUUCCCAAUCUCACCUAACCCUUUUUGGACAAGACAUAUCAAGCCACAGAUCCUCUAAAGGAAUACAGCGUGACGUAGACCUGUGUGAUCAAGCACAAGCUGCAGAAACCUUCUCACAGAGACAGUCACCAGCUUCUGAUCACCUGACAGAGCUGCCAGCCACUGAGAGUCGAAGAGCAGCAAGGGAAUCAGUAGUUAAUGACCCUCUCGGAGAGAAUGCGGAAGGAGUGCUCUCUCAAGGUAAUCUAAUCCCUUUUGGAGAGGACAGCAGUUCAAAGGCCAGCACUAACUGCCAGCCGUCUGCAUGCUCUCCUAGAGUACUAAACCGGACCUUAUCGCUGCCCUCUUUUCCCACUUCUCAUCACAGUUGUAAACUUGAGACUGAACCGCAUCUUAUCAGUUCCACUACAGCAAUGUUCACAUCCACCAUAGUCUCUGUUCUUGCUCCUCACUGGAGCGGGCGCCUUAGGAGACACAAGCGAGGCGGCAGUGAUGUUGAACAAGAUAUCCAGGUGAGUGGACAUUCUGCUUCCAGCCAGAGUUCACACCAACAGCCAUUUCUUCUCAACCAGACCAAGCCAGCUGGUGAGAUGUUUAACAGUAAGCUCAGGGAACCAGCCAGAACCAGCAGGAGUGCUGUCGAUUGGCAAAAAGACACCACAUCUUCUUCACAUCUCACAGCCACCUUCCAAACAGAAAGACCUGUGUUUUUGGAUACAAAACAACAGACUGUGGACAAUAAUGUUGAAUUUGGAAUAUCUGUUCCUGGUCAGGUGCCCAAGUCACCUCUCUCCCCUGAAUUCAGCACACACAAAAGGACAUUACGACCUGGGGACCAAAGAGAGUCCUUCUCUCCGCCAACCUCUAGGCCAACAACCAGCAGCCUGCUUCUCUCCUGGAGACGGUUAAACUCUAAGAAAGGGAACGCUGAGCCUACUGAAAUAGAGAAGCAGCUUGCUUUGUCUGUCGGCUCCCUAACCUUGCCGAGUAAAAGCAUAUUAAGAGUUUCUCAACCACAGUCUCCUCUAGUUUCCCCAGAUGAUCCAACCAAAGAGAACUUGGAGCGACUCCAAAGUCCAGAGGACUCUCCUGUCUCUCCAGGAGGCAGAAAAAUGGAGGUAACAAGGAGAUCAAUGUUUUUAGGUAAGAGGGAAUUUGACAUUUCCAGUAGAACUUUGUCUGACUCAACUGAGAAAGGACUGUAUUCAAGCUCUCUAUCAAGACCCAGCCAAUCAGAGACUGUUAGAAUUCCUCAGCACCAUUUCAGGGAAAGUCUGGAAAGAAAAUGUUCUCAUGUAGAGAACAAUGAUUCAGUGGAUCAGAGCAUUGACUAUAAAAGCUUUUAUGGCUCUAAUUUUAAUAGCCUCCACAGAACAGCUGAUUAUCCAUGUGUUUCUCCCAAAGACAAUACAAACAAUAAUAUCGAAAGCUUUACUUCUCACAGUUAUCACAUUUCUGAUAGCAUCAUUAAGAAACACAGCCAGCCGAUAGAAACGACCCCAGAUCUCAGUUCUUGCUUACAGUCUAAUACGACCUAUGAUAAUAACUCCAACAAGACCAACACUUCAAAUACUCCAAGCACAUCAAAAAGCACAGUGGCCUGUUAUUCACAUACAAGUCCCAAAACAACCCAGACAUUUGUUGCCAGUCCCUCUGCUGGGUUAACAUCCAUAUCCCUGACUCAAACUGGCCUCAGUACUCAGGACUCAAUAAAACAGACAAGCAGUUUGUGUCUGGAGAACCUUUCGCCUAGUCCGACCAGCUCUAUGGGUAGAAGAACAUUCACAAGCAGCCUUGCAUUCUCACCCAGGAAAGAGCCUUCUGCUGUGGAAGGAACAAGCCCAUCACACAGAUGGUUGAACUAUCUGAACUCGAGACAAUCUCAAUCAAAUCAAAGCCCUUCGGAUCUGACAUGCCCACUGUCUCCAUCUAGACCCCUCAGAAGGGUUCAUGUUCCAAGUAUCUAUACAUACUUAAGGGAAACCAGUCCACCUAUAACCACAAGGACAUCCUCAGCCCUUUCCUCGUCUAGUCCUCAAACCCCAUCUCUAAAACUGGAAGGGGACCAAAUACAGAAAGAAGAUAAAAAUAUAGGAACCUCAAGGUUCACUUUUGACCUAAGCCUGGUGGAACCACAGGAUUCGGUUUUGGCACAAGACUCAUGCACCUCCAGUGUACCACAGUCUCUGCCACCUGACUUUGGCAGAAGAACAGGGCCUCGUCUCAGUAAAUCUCCUUAUUCUACCCUUAUCUCUGCAAGACCAACACUAAACAGUACUUUGCACCACCUCUCAUCUCCACCCAUGUCCUACCAGCACAGCAAAUCUGCAUCUACUGAUAGUUCAGCCAUACCUACUAACUCUCCUAACACUGAAAGGGGGAUGCCAAAAGAUACCAGGAUAUCAGGAGAACCAGUUGGUUCUUCUGAUAAGCAUCUCAUAGUGGAAAAAGGACAGACUUCAUAUGUCUCUCUAGACACUUGCAGCAUGUUACAUAGCUCACUGGAUGCAAGGUUCACAGACUGUCAGGCUACUAAGUCAAUCCCCCAGACUACACACCCCGCGCAGAGUGGCAUGGUUAUUAAGAAGAUCCCUCAUGAGGGACUUGAUGGCAUGUUUUCAUCUCAGUGUGACAAAGAUAAUACAAGGUUGAAUUACAAUGAGCACUCUUCAACACAGAGUACACUCACAUGUAGUGAGGCUGCCACUCUACAGGAGGAAGUGAAAACUUUGACGACACAUGAAACGUUACAAGCAAUCCAGAGUAUGAACUCAAAGAAAAGCCUCUUCUCAAGAAGUAAGAAGGAAAAUAUUCUGACGUUGCCUUUUUCAAGCAAAGAGAAUUCGACUUAUCAAGACGUUAAAAAGGGAGAGACGACAGGAUUCAAAAGCAACAGAUUGGACCUGGUUUUGAAUCGUUUGAAAUCGACAUUCAAUGUGAAACGUUCAGAUGAUAAUGAUUUCACAUCUAGGAGAAAAACGAAGAGCUUUAACCAACAGCCUUCAGAACUGAAGGCUUCUGAACGCAAUAGCAAAGAAGAAAGGUGCCAUGAGAACCAGAUUUUGUCAAAUCCCUCAAACUCUCAUCGUUCUUCUGGACCCUUGUCAGGUUUCACAUGUAAGUACAAGGAACAUGAGAACUUGUCAAAUGUGGAAAAGUGCAAAAGACUUGCAGAUGAAAAUGGAAACCAGUUUCUGGGUAGGCCACAAAGCCCUAGCCGACCUAAGCCCCAUCAAAUCAACCGCUAUGCCACCAUGCCACAAACCAGAAAAACCACCCUUGGUCCCUCUUCCACUCUUUAUUCAUCUGAGUUUGCGUCAGAGGAUGCACAUAAUGAUGAUGUGUUUUAUUUCCCAACAAGUAGAAAGAACACUUUGGUUUGUAGGACUGAGAAUAUCCCUCAAGAAAAUGAAAUAAAUUCUCAGAGGCGGAACCUAAUGGGGGCUCAUUUGUCUAUGUCCUGUGCUGAUCUGAUGUACGGACUGGAUCGUGGACGAUCUGUCUCUGUUAGUAGCGUAGUUUCGGGUCGUCCAUCGGGUCCUGGCCGAAUCUCGACUGGAUCAAAGCAGAGCAGUGUCAGUGAUCUCACCAGCUUGGACGAGUUUGCGACCAAGAGCAGACAUUCAAGCAUCAGCAGUCCCGAUGAUUCACCCGGCUAUGGUGUGAGAAGUCCAAGCAGUCUUACGGUCCACAAUGCCUACAAGGGCUGCGCAAAAAGGUUGCCAUCAAAUGACCGUCUGUGGAGCCCAGUUAACCUUGAGACAUCCCCAUUGUACACACUGGAUACAGAAGCAGAUCCAACUCCACCGCCUUCCCCAACGUUUUCCCCCACCUCUCGGCGGAUGUCCCAGAUCCCCAGCUCCUCCUCUAACGGUAGCAGGACCUCACAGGACAGCUUGUCUCCUCGUGGGUUCCUGCCAUCAAGGAACUACAAGUCCACUUUGUCUGUCUUUGAAGAAUCCAGUUCAGACACCACUACUGAUGACGAAUACUAUAUUAAUAGUGAUUAUGAUGAUGACGAUUAUGAGAAAGAAACAGAACUGUAGUGGCAAAUAUUGUAUUUUGUAAAUAAAAUUUGUGGCUAUGAUUUGUGUGGUUAGGGAUUGGAAGCUGACAUUUUGCCUACUGAGGAUCUUUUUCUAAGUAAAAAGGCACAUAGUGCCAUAUAUAUAUAUAUAUAUAUAUAUAUAUAUAUAUAUA